AUGGAACCUAGAGCUCAACAAACAGAAUCUACCCUGGUCAUAGAUUUUCCAUCUGAAAAUACUGGAGAACUUGCUGGAGAGGAAGCAAAGCAAGUACCUCCUUCAAGACCCAGCGCUAUAAGGAACAGGAUGGUAGAAGAGAAUGGAAAGCAACAGGAAGAGAAUAAGCAAGUGAAUAGAUUAUCUCCAAACAGAAAUCUUAGUCCUCAAGGAUUCUCUACAACUUCUGAUGAAUUUGAUCUUUCAGAAAGAUCGCCUUACCAAAUAAAUGCAAGACGAACAAUUAUUGAGGAACCUAGUAGUCGUAACUUUGGUUAUCAUCGUAUGUCUCCAGGGAGGGAGAGAAGCCCAAGAAGAUCUCCCAUGAGGACCAUUCCUAGCAGAGGUAUGAGAGGGUCUAGGAAUAUGAGAGUAGUAAGAGAUCCCUUCCACAGACAUAUUGAAGAGAGGAAAAUACCACUUACCUCUGAAAAUCGAAGAAAUUCUUCAAAUACUUAUGAAGUCUAUCAUCUCAACGACUUUGUUUCCCGCCAUGAAUUUAUGGACUUUGUUGUAUCUAGAAAUAGACCCAAUUUAGUAUCUCAGCAAGAAAUAGAUGCACAAACAAGAAGAAUUGAGAGCAUUGAGAAAGAUUCUGAGUUAGCCAUUUUCAACUGCAACAUAUGCUUUGGCAGACAAUGUUUAGAGUACCAGAUCUGCAGAUUCUGUUCAGGGCAAGCAUGCACCACUUGAUGGGAUGGAAUCAUGAACGGAAACAAGAAAUGCCCAUUCUGUAGAACUUUUUUAAUUCAAAAUGAUCUGAUAAAAUAACAGAUUUGUAGAAGAUGUCAGAGAAAUGCUAGAAAACCCAGACAGAAAAUAUGAAAGUUCUGGACACAAAUGUCCUAUUCAUCAUAAAAAGGGCUCUCAAUAUUGAGAAACUUGAGCCUAUUUCAUCUGUAUCGACUGAAUCAAAGAAGGAACACAUAGUGGGCAUGAUCUCUGCGAGAUAGAUGAUAAGCCUGAACUCAAAGAGAAAAUAGAACAGAUAGAUAAGUUUCAUGGAGAAAUAAAAAAUAUUUCAAAAUUAUUUAAAAAGAUUGACAAAGAAUAUUCUGAUCAUUACAACUUGACAGUCGAGGACAUGGACUGGAUCGCAAAGAGACUCAAAACAAAGAUCAAUAAUACAAUUGACACAGUAUUUUCAAAGCAAAAGCAGAAAUUUGAAGAAGCUCAAAGUAAAUUUUCAGAGUUCAAGAAAGACAAAGAAAAAUUCGAUCAAACAGAGGCUGCCAUUUUCGCAAUUGGCCAUAAAAAAUUUGAAAUGGAUGAGCUCAAAGAUAAAUUCAAAAAUGCUCUGAUUUCAGCAGAAGCUGGAGAAAUGGUUAAUAUCGUUUCGAAUCAAAACUUUUCUGCACAAAAAGACGAUGUGAUCUCUAAGUAUGAGAUGGCAGCCAUUCCUUCAUCAGCAUCAACCUACAAACAAAAGUACUUGAAGGCUCUUCUAAGUGAGAUUAAUAAAAUAAAAGAAAUAUAA